AUGCUGGUCAGAAUCAGAUCCAAGGAUGGAAACUUUCGCUUCGAGCUUUCUCCGACAUCUAGCAUAUCGGAAUUGGUGAACAAAAUUCUGGAGACCACUGUCGAUGCUGAUCCAUCAACGCUCACAAUCUCAAAUCAGCCGAGAGGGAACGAGACAAAAGUAUCGGGGUUAAGGGGAAGGAGCUUGGAGGCUCUUGGGCUAAAGCAUGGCGAUCUUGUCUUUGUUAGUUACCAAGCUCGAGCUGCACCAAGUACGUCCGUGGAGCAGGGCGAUGUCGAUGGCCAGCCGUCCACUGUCAAAUCGGUAACAACAAAGAACGUCUGGGAUGCAGUUCAGGAAGAUGCAGUGGACUCCUAUUGGAGAUCCAAAGAUGGCAAAAUCCCUCGUGGACGCGAUUCUCGUUUCUGUAAACACGGCGCGAAUGGGAUGUGUGACUAUUGCAUGCCCCUCGAGCCGUACGACUCCGCACACCACACCGAACACAGUAUCAAGCAUCUGUCGUACCACGCAUAUCUUCGUAAGAUAGCUCCAACGUCCUCAUCCGAUUCUGCCUCCCUGCUUCCUCCUUUGGCACCCUUGACGUACAAAGUUAAAGUACCUUGUCCAAGUCAAGGUCAUGCUCCUUGGCCAGCUGGUAUAUGCACAGCCUGUCAACCAUCAGCCAUUACCCUUCAGCCACAGCCAUUCCGAAUGGUCGACCAUUUAGAAAUUGCCUCAACAGAUAUAAUCGAUCGCUUCCUUCAGGCUUGGCGUGCGACAGGGCUGCAGCGUUUCGGAUGGCUAAUUGGGCGAUAUGAGGCAUACGAUAAAGUACCCAUGGGCAUCAAAGCAGUCGUGGAGGCGAUCUAUGAACCCCCACAGGAGGGUGAAUUGGAUGGACUGUCUUUGGGUGUUCCAUGGGAAGGAGAACCCCGUAUUCGAGAGCUGGUGAAGUCAGCAUCGGUCCCGUUGACCAUUGUGGGAUACAUCUUCACAGAUCUAGAUCCCACGGUAGAAGAUCGCACAAAGAAUGUGUACAAAAGGCACUCCCAAUCAUACUUCUUAUCUUCGCUGGAGACGAUCUUCGCUGCCACAAUCCAAAAUGCUAACCCUACGCCUUCGAAAUCAUCACCCACUGGAUCCUUCGCUUCGCGUUUGGUCACCGCUGUCCUCACCGCUACAGAAGACGGUCAGGUAGAUGUUGCUGCAUAUCAGGUCUCUGAACAGGCGUGUGCCAUGGUAGAUGCAGAUAUGAUCGAGGCCAGCGUCGACCCGGGGAUUGUGCGCGUCAAAGAAGAUGAUCAGAACAAAGACUCUGCGCGAUAUGUCCCUGAUGUAUUCUACAGAUACAAGAACGAAUAUGGCCUCGAGGUGAAGAAAAGUGCCAAGCCGUGUUUCCCUGUGGAAUACCUUCUAGUAAAUGUUACUCACGGCUUUCCACAAAAUCCCUCUCCACUCUUCCGUUCUGCAAAGUUCGCCAUAGAAAAUAGACCUGGUCUGGAAGAUCAGAGAGUAGAAAGUGUCUUGAGCGCCCUUGCUAAAAUUGGCGCCCCUGACAUUCACGAUAGUCGCCAUAGCGCGAACGACGACGGCCAGAAACGCUUUGAACUGGCCAGAUGGCUCAGUGAUAUGCAUUUGGUAUCAUUCUUAGGCACGACUCAAUUAAUAUCGGAGAGCGACAUGAACAUUCUAAUACGCACAGUAACGUCGCCCACUCUCCUGGAGGAUACCACAUCCCUGGAUGCUCUUCUAGCCACUGAUGGCUGGCAAACCCUUAUGACUUUUACUCGCGAAAGUGCUCCACAACGCCCCACCUCUUCUGCUCCUGACUCAUCUUCGCGCAUGGACGAGGACAUACCUCAAGACGUGUUUGAUCAAAUUGCAGCUCAAGAUAGUGACAGUUCUCGGAUCAGAGUGUGCCCGCACUGCACAUUCGAAAACGAGCACUCAGGGAGCGAUUGUGAAGUUUGUGGUCUGCCCUUGGGCUAG